GCAGCAAACAGCAGCUUGAAGGGGGGAACAUCUUUAAAGCCAUUUUUACUUUUUUACAUUUUUACAUGUUUUUUUUGGCUUUACGUCUCCUUGAAUCCUUUUUGACCAGAGAGAAGAAAGAUGAAACACACCAUAAUUAUCCCCCUGCUGCUUCUCCUGGGCACCUGCACAGUUACCACUGCUUUAAAAAAUCUGGCUUUGCGUGGGAGAGCGACUCAGUCAUCGAUCAGAGGCGCACCAUGGACAGCCUACGGUGCCGCCUCCAAUGCCGUCGAUGGAAACCGUAACUCUGAAUUCUUGGCCGGUUCAUGCAGUAAUACUCACCCACAAAUGGACCCCUGGUGGAGAGUGGACCUGCUGGACUCCUACAUUAUCACAUCCAUCAUCAUCAUAGGCAGAAGAGACUGCUGUGUGGAUGAGCUCAGAGGGGCAGAUAUCUACAUCUCAGACUCUCCUAUUCAAGAUUGGGGUACAAAAAAACCGGAUGGUUUGGUUUCUGAAAUUUCACUGGGCGAGUUGUUCACUUUGAAUUUUACCAGCAAAGUGGAGGGACGCUAUGUGACUGUGAGACUGGAGGGUGAAAACCAAGUCCUGACGCUCUGCGAAGUGGAAGUUUAUGGGUACCGUGCUGUGACUGGAGAGAAUUUGGCACUCCGAGGACGAGCAACGCAGUCGUCAGUGUACUCAACUGGAAUUGCAAUGAAUGCCAUAGAUGGGAAUCGUGCCAACCGCUGGGACCACGGCUCCUGCAGUCACACGCAAGACAACUUCAACCCCUGGUGGCGACUGGAUCUGCUCAAAACCUAUAAGGUGGAUUCUGUCAGCAUCACUAACAGAGAUAUUCUACCAGAAAGAAUCAAUGGAAUUGAGAUCCGCAUUGGAAAUUCCCUUGACAACAAUGGAAACAACAAUCCCAGGUGUGCUGUGGUCUCACACAUCGCUGCAGGUCUUACUGAAACCUUCCAGUGUAAUGGGAUGGUGGGUCGCUAUGUCAACAUUGUCGUUCCAGGAAGAAAAGAGUUCCUGACCCUGUGUGAGGUGGAGGUGUACGGCCACAGUCUGUUCUAGGUCUGAGGAGGCUGAGAAAUUCAACACACUCCCUUUUUACAUUUGCCUGCUCUCAUGCAGGCUCUCACUGAUUGCAGUUAUUGAUUAAGCUUCAGUUUCUGGAUUGUCAGUAUGAAAACCAGUCAUGAUGAUAAUGAUACCAGGGACAAAUAUUGCUGUGACAGAGCUGCCUGACCUCUGUGAUUCUACUGACCAUGAUGUAUCAUCGUAGAGCUGAUGGGUGUUGCAGCAUUGGAAAAUAAGUGGUACUUAUUGUGCAAAAUAUUUUGGAAGUAAAGGUUAAAGUUGAGUUGAGCACAUUGUUUAGCUCUGUCUCAGUUUUGUAGACUUUUCUAGUGAAAGCUGGAUUGGAGGUUGACUUAGAGCUGCUCUGGAUGCAGAUAUAAUGUCUCUGGGCUGCUUGUGAUUUGUCUGGUCUGUGCUUGAUGGUCGAAUGCUGUUGCUUCGUUGCUUUUGAUUCAGUCUGAGAUGACUGUUUUGAAUACUGAAGAGAGAAUUGUUAUGACACUCUCUGCUGCUGAAUAAUAUUUCAUAUUCGCUGAAAUAAAAUCAA